AUGACAAGGGAAAAACGGGUUCACAUAUACACAUCUCGCCAUUUUCGGCGAUUUAGGGUUUGCUCGUCUCUGCAGAAAAUGGCUGAUUCACCUGUAAAAAGGUAUUCACGCUCUCCUUCUCCUUGGGAAGAAGAAAAGGUAAGAUCUAGAUCUAGGUCAAGGUCUAGAUCCCAGUCUAGGUCAUGGUCGAGGCCAAGAGGAAGAUCUAGGUCCAGAUCAAGGUCAAGAAGUCAAGGAAGGGCUGAACCUGUUAAUCCUGGCACCACACUUUAUGUAACUGGUUUAUCCACAAGGGUGACACAGAGGGACCUUGAGGAGCAUUUCUCAAAGGAGGGAAAGGUAAAAUCAGCUUUCUUGGUUGUGGAGCCGCGUUCUCGUAUCUCUCGUGGUUUUGCUUUUAUAACAAUGGAUAGUCUUGAGGAUGCCGAUCGCUGCAUUAAGCACCUAAAUCAGUCUGUCCUUGAAGGCCGCUACAUAACAGUGGAGAAGUCACGGAGGAAACGCGCGAGGACUCCUACGCCUGGUCACUAUCUAGGGCUUAAGAACGCAAGGGGCGAUGGUUUCCGUGGCGACCGUGGUGGCGACCGUGGUGGUGACCGUGGUAGGUUUCGUGGCCGUGAGGACUAUGGGCGCCGUGAGGACUAUGGGCACCGAAGAUCUCCUCCAAGGCGUUCUCCUUAUCGAGGUGGUCGAGAUUAUUCUCCUAGGCGCUCGCCUUAUGGGGGAAGGUCAAGAAGGGAACGAUCCAGGUCAUAUUCUCCUUAUGAAAGGAACUAUGCUCGUGGGGGUAGAUAGGAUGAAAUCUGGUAGCCCUACUUAUGGGUAACA